AUGGCAGACGACAGCGUACCUCUCCCCUUUCCAAAUCUCAAAGUGCCAACAUGGCACUACCAGAUCAAUCAUGUGGACCAUCUCAAGGAAGAAGCCAGCACCUCAUUCUGGAAGGCAGUAGAGGAGGAUGAGAUGGCACCUUACUUGCAAAGUAUAUCAUCCGAUCGAACCGAUUUGAUCAGUUCGCUGGAAAAGAAGAAUAAAGAGAAAUUGGAGGAGUUUGAGAAAAAGUUGAAAGAUGCUGAAGAGAACCAAGGUGAUAGUGAGAUCAGUGAGACGUUAAGGGAGAAAGCUAUGUAUCUAACUAGGAUUGGUGACAAGGAACGAUCGAUUUCAGCAUUGGAAAACGCCCUUGAGAAAACAGCAGGUCUAGGAGCGAGGAUAGAUCUGGUAUUGGCAAUGGUCAGAAUAGGUUUAUUCGCCUCGGAUACACAUUUGGUAACUACCAAUAUCACGCGAGCGAAUGACUUGAUCGACUCUGGAGGUGAUUGGGAUAGACGAAAUCGAUUAAAAGUAUAUCGAGCGAUUCAUCAUCUAUCUAUUCGAGAUUUCAAGGAAGCUGCCGAAUUGUUGAUCGACUCGUUAUCGACUUUUACCGCUACGGAGUUGAUGGAGUAUGAGGAGUUUGUCGCCUUGACUGUGUUGGCAGCUGGAGUGGGAUGUGAUAGGAAGGGAAUUAAGAGCAAGGUCUUAUCCAGCUCAGAGAUCAAGGGAGUCCAAUCGACGAUUCCCGAAUUGUACACAAUGGUCGAAUCAUUAUACAAAUCCAACUAUUCUCAAUUCUUUUUAUCCCUAGCUGAAGUCGAGCAGAAAUACUUGUUGGUCAAUCCAUUAUUGGUCAAACAUUCAAGAUACUACAUUAGGGAAAUGAGAAUCAAGGCUUAUUCGCAACUACUCGAAUCGUAUAAAUCCCUGACGCUGGAAAAGAUGUCAAACUUAUUUGGAGUAUCUGAGAAUUACUUGGAUAAAGAUCUGAACAAAUUCAUCUCGAAUGGUAGAUUGAAUUGUAAGAUCGAUAAAGUUGAUGGAAUCAUUGUGACUUCCAAGGAUAUGCAUGAUCAGAAUAAAUCGUUGGUUUAUGAUCAAGUGGUAAAACAGGGUGAUAUCUUGUUAAGUGAUAUCCAAAAGUUACAUCGAGUAGUCGGGUAG